AGGGAUCCAGGCUCCCGCAUCGUCACUCGCACUGUCAGGCAAUCCCCCUUUUUCAACAUUGUUUUGUUUCCACCGUUGCCGGAUCAUUGGAAUCCUUCAUAGGGGCGCAUUAUUCACCACGGACUAGUAUUUAGCUUAACAAUCAUCGCUGGGAACUCGCUUCUCUGGUUUACCUUAGGUAGUGGGUUCGUUUUCGUGGACGAUGACGACGAUUUGAGUGUGCUGUGAGCUCCUUUUGUGAAGAUUGUGUGGCAGUUUUGGGGCAUUGGAGGUACUGGAUGUGUUUGAUUUUGAGCUGUGAGAAAGGCGGGAUGACGCUGGGUUUGUGAUCGUGGGAGCGGGAGAAUGGUGGUAUGGGGAAGAGCGAGAGUAGGGUGUUGAAGGUGGCGCAGGGGGAUACGCUGUGGGGGCUCGGGGAGCGUCACGGAGUGCCCUGGGAGCAUAUUCAGGUGUUUAACAAGCUGCGCGACCACACGGUUUACGCUGGGGAGGAACUGAAGUUGCCCCCUCAGCGGACCAAGGCAUGGGUGGUGGAGUCGGGUGACAGUGCCUGGGAGAUUGCGGAGCGGUUCGGGCUAACCUUGGAGGAGGUUCAGGAUGUGAACGGUGGGAUUCCGGAAGUUUUGUACCCGGGGGAUGUGUUGUUAGUGCCCGAGGACGCCGUGCUGCGACCACGCCAGCUGAUAAGUUUGAGAGCCGUUAAAGCGCGAUUGAAAGGGAUUGCUGUUCAUGCUAAUGCCAAAUUUUUCGAUGUCUUCCCGUACCCUCAAGAUAUUGACAAUUACAGGGAGAAACACCGGCUGCUAUUGAAUGCGCUACGGCAUGUGGAGAGCAGCUUCAUCAUGCCUGCACCAAUUGGAGACAAUGGCCUUAGCAUUGGGCCCCUUCAAAUUAGCACUGAGUAUCACCAAGAUGCAUGGUGGCAAGCGAGCAGUACUGUGAAAUACGAGCAUUGCGAGGAAGUUGAUUAUGCCGAGCGCACAGUUAUCAAUUAUUGGCUGCGUUAUUGCCCUUGGGCACUUGAGUUUGGAGACUGGGAGACUCUGGCACGUACUCACAAUGGAGGCCCAUGCUAUUGGCACCAUUUCUCCACCACCCGUUAUUGGAGAAGAGUUAAGAAUGCAUUGCGAAGUAGAGGAUACAUACAAGGAAUCCCAGAGUUUUCGUCUUCGGCUCGUGAUAACAGCUCGAUACAGCUAUUUAACACUCACAUUCCAUUUGUUGUUCCAAUUCUUGAGAGCAAAGUGAAGGAUAAUCCCGACAAGGGCGCUUCGCAAUUACAGACCACAUCAGCUGUUAUGGAAGCAGCGACCGUUGGAGUCCCCUACUAAAUGAGAUUUCUUGAUGGAGCUUGGAUAUAGAUGAAGCAGAUAAUCCCACGAUUAUUUUUUUGUAUAGAUUGAGAUCCUAAAGAGGGGAGAUCUCUUUAAAAUGUGCACGAUAUUUCUAUCUUUAAAAUGUGCACGAUAUUUCUAUCUUCAACUGUGCACACACACACACUACAGAAUAACGUGUUCACCAUCA